GGAAAAGAAACCUAACCCUUCUUCCACUAAAAAUAUAAUUUUGCCUGGCUGUGAGAAUACGCAAGAGCUAGAAGGGUAUUCUGCACAGAGAGAAUGGAGAUGGACAGACCAUCUGCGAAAUGGUUCAUAGAGACCCAGUCAGAUUGGUUUUUGAGAAACGGCAUUCCAGAAUGGUUUCACGGUGUCAUCACACGAAGAGAUGCAGAAGACCUGUUAAAAGACAAAACUUCAGGAUGUUUCCUUAUUAGAGUUGGAGAAAGCCGGAUUGGAUACAGUUUGUCUUACAAAGCUAUGGAUUGCUACAGGCAUUUUAUGAUUGAUGUCUGGAAAGAUCAGGAAUGUACCUUAUCAGGAGACAGCCGAGUGCACAAGACACUAGAAGAUUUAGUAAAUCACUAUUCACGUUAUCCUCUGUGUCCUUAUAAUGAGAUUCUAACUGUACCAUGUGGACAGAAAAGCAAAUCUGCAGCUGAUUAUCAGGAAUUAUUUGAACAUUGUGAUACUCAAUUUACCACUCCUGGUAACAGAAGCAACAUUCCUUUACCUGUUCCUGGACCCGUACACAAAUCGGGAGGAACCGGGAUACAACCACAAACCGUUUUGCAACAGGAAUGUCCACCUCUCCCACCAAAAAGGCUUAGACCAGAUUCCUCACAAGAAAUAUCUGCAGUUCAAAAUGGAAUGAGAACUAAACUUUACCCCUCAAUACCUCAAGGAACACCAGCAAGUGUUUUCACUGAUAGCUCUGUUCCAACAAUACAAAACCAACAAGUACGUAGGCAUACACUAAUGAAAACGCAGAGCUUAGAUUCAUUGCAUUUCACAGACGCUGAAGGAAAUGGUGACUUUUCAGCUACCCCUCACAGUUCAUCAAACAUGAAUAAUAUCAGUGAAAAUGAGGUAACACGUAAUAGUCAACAAAACACGUUGCCAACACCAGUAAAGCCUCUCAAAGCAUGCCGUAAAAUGAUGACCAAGGCAGUUUCUUUGGUGACCGAAGGACAAAUUGCUCAGGACUUCAAGUCUAUGGAAAAUGCAAUGGCAGCGCGUAUGAAAAAUAUCCAUAUUGGACUAUCAAGAUCUGCAGAACAGCAGAAAGUGAGCCCUAAACCCAAGCCAAGAAAUCAAGGAAAAUUGGUUCCUGAGGAAUAUAAGCCGCCUCCACCUUUUGCUCCAGGAUAUUGCUGAGAGGACAUUUCCAUUAACAAAAUGGUAGAACUAUAUUAUGGUCACUGUUAUUACCUGAUAAACGGUGGCCAUUUUAGACUACAUUAAAAUUGUAGAAACAGGUACAGUGAACUGAAUGUACAUUUUAAAGGUAAAGCUAUGGGAUAAGUGAGAAAAAAAAUAAAGGGUCAUGAAGUUGCAAUAAGAAAAUGAUUGAAUGUGUUAGAUCAUUUUCCUAUUGCAGUAUUUCCUGCUUAUACCUGUGUGUUUACCCCUCUCACCCCACACACUGAUCUACAAACUGGGAUAGCACUUGAAAUUCUGAGCUGAACACGGCCGAUGAUUUGUACGUACAUAUGCCGUCCCUGAUUGGCUAAGUGGCUAAACUAAAGUUAAUGGAUGACGUUCAUUGAAGAUGGUUAAGUGUAUCUCAUAAUACAUUUCAGACGUUACUAAUCUAUAAGCAAUUCAAACACAGCCUUAGGUUUUUUAGAAGUUUAUUAAAACUAAGUUGUCAAUAGGUUUUCUAACUGCCGUUCCUAUUUUUUAAAUAGUUGUAUGUAUUUGUAAUAUUUAACUUCAAACGUUUCUGAAAUAAUUGUUAUUUAUCCACUGAAUUUUUCUUAUUGCAUGCAUUGUUUCAUUAUAUUGUCUGUGGGGUGUGUUCUUUCUCCCUCAUGAAAGGAAAAAUAAACUAUACCAAACAGACAUUGUUUAACCCAGAA